GCUGCUAGGAAGGGGAGAAGAGCGGCCCAGUCCAGAAAAAUCCACCUUUCAACUCGACAUUGAUGGAGUGGCAGCCAGAUGAGCAGGGACUUCAGCAGGUCCUCCAACUGCUCAAAGACUCACAGUCUCCCAACACAGUCACGCAGAGAGCUGUCCAACAAAAACUUGAACAACUCAAUCAGUUUCCAGACUUCAACAAUUAUCUCAUCUUUGUCCUCACACGACUCAAGACUGAAGACGAGCCAACUCGCUCUCUGAGCGGUCUCAUCUUGAAGAACAAUGUUAAAGCCCACUACCAGAAUUUCCCCCCAGCAGUUGCUGUAUUCAUCAAGCAGGAAUGUCUCAACCACAUUGGUGACCCCUCACCACUCAUUCGUGCCACCAUUGGCAUCCUCAUCACCACUAUUGCCUCCAAAGGAGAGCUACAGACGUGGCCUGAACUACUGCCACAGCUCUGCAACCUGCUCAACUCGGAAGACUACAACACUUGCGAGGGCUCGUUUGGAGCACUGCAGAAGAUCUGCGAAGACUCGUCGGAGCUGUUGGACAGCGACGCUCUGGACAGGCCCCUGAACAUUAUGAUACCUAAAUUCCUGCAAUUCUUCAAGCACUGCAGCCCUAAGAUCAGGUCCCAUGCAAUUGCCUGUGUGAACCAGUUCAUCAUUGGCAGAGCUCAGGCCCUUAUGGACAACAUUGAUACUUUCAUAGAGAGCUUAUUUGUGCUGGCAGCAGACGAGGACCCCGAGGUGCGAAAAAAUGUGUGCCGAGCCUUGGUCAUGUUACUUGAGGUCCGCAUCGACCGCCUCAUCCCCCAUAUGCACAGUAUCAUCCAGUACAUGUUGCAGCGGACGCAGGAUCCAGAUGAAAAUGUGUCUCUUGAAGCCUGUGAGUUCUGGUUGACUCUAGCAGAGCAGCCCAUCUGUCAAGAGAUGCUGUCUGGACACUUGGUGCAACUGAUACCAAUAUUAGUAAAUGGGAUGAAGUACUCGGAGAUAGACAUCAUACUGUUGAAGGGUGAUGUGGAGGAGGAUGAGGCAGUACCAGACAGCGAUCAGGACAUCAAACCCCGUUUCCACAAGUCCCGCACAGUCACCUUGCAGCAUGGAGGAGGAGAGGGUGAGGACGGUGAAGACAUUGAAGAUGAUGACGAUGAUGACGAUGACACUCUGUCAGACUGGAACCUGCGAAAGUGCUCAGCAGCAGCCCUGGAUGUGUUGGCUAAUGUGUUCCGUGACGAUCUGCUCCCACACCUCCUCCCACUUCUGAAAGACCUACUCUUCAGCCCUGAGUGGGUCAUCAAGGAGUCUGGCAUCCUGGUGUUGGGGGCCAUAGCUGAGGGCUGCAUGCAGGGUAUGGUGCCCUACCUACCGGAGUUGAUGCCCCAUCUCAUCCAGUGUCUUUGCGACAAGAAGGCUCUUGUACGCUCCAUUGCCUGUUGGACCCUGAGUCGGUACGCACAUUGGGUGGUGUCCCAGCCCCCUGACUCCUGCCUCAAACCGCUAAUGACGGAGCUUCUGAAACGCAUCCUGGACAGCAACAAAAGAGUGCAAGAGGCUGCCUGCAGUGCAUUUGCCACAUUAGAAGAGGAGGCAUGCACAGAGCUGGUUCCAUACCUGAGCUUCAUCCUGGACACGCUGGUCUUUGCCUUUGGGAAAUACCAGCACAAAAAUCUCCUCAUUCUCUAUGAUGCCAUAGGAACUCUUGCAGAUUCAGUGGGUCAUCACCUUAAUCAGCCUGAGUACAUUCAGAAGUUGAUGCCCCCUCUAAUUGCCAAAUGGAAUGAGCUGAAGGAUGAAGACAAGGAUCUUUUCCCGCUACUAGAGUGUCUGUCAUCGGUAGCCACCGCUCUGCAGAGUGGCUUUUUGCCUUACUGUGAGCCUGUUUAUCAGCGUUGUGUCACACUGGUCCAAAAGACAUUAGCUCAGGCUAUGAUGUAUAACCAGCAUCCAGACCAGUAUGAGUCUCCUGACAAGGAUUUUAUGAUUGUGGCUCUGGAUCUGCUGAGCGGCCUGGCCGAAGGUUUGGGGUCUAAUGUGGAGCAGCUAGUCGCCCGUUCCAACAUCAUGACCCUGCUUUUCCAGUGCAUGCAGGACACGAUGCCUGAAGUGAGGCAAAGCUCUUUUGCCCUGCUGGGUGAUCUAACUAAGGCCUGCUUUAUUCAUGUGAAGCCUUGUAUUGCUGAGUUCAUGCCCAUCUUGGGGCUCAACCUGAACCCAGAAUUUAUCUCCGUAUGCAACAACGCCACCUGGGCCAUCGGGGAGAUAGCCAUGCAAAUGGGUGCAGAGAUGCAGUCUUAUGUAGGCAUGGUCCUGCCUCAUCUAGUAGAAAUCAUAAACAGACCCAACACGCCCAAGACCCUGUUGGAAAACACAGGUACACAAACACCAAUACUUUGCAUGGUAUGGUUGAGAUAUUAUCUGGGAAUUACUGAUUUAUUUCUAUUUGUUUUUUUUUCCCUAUGUGCAGCAAUUACAAUUGGCAGAUUGGGUUACAUCUGUCCUCAGGAAGUAGCACCACAGCUGCAGCAAUUCAUCAGACCAUGGUGCUCAUCAUUGAGAAACAUCAGAGAUAACGAGGAGAAGGACUCAGCCUUUCGGGGAAUUUGUGUAAUGAUUGGCGUCAACCCUGGAGGAGUAGUACAGGAUUUUAUUUUCUUCUGUGAUGCCGUGGCUUCAUGGGUCAACCCAAAAGACGAUUUGAGAGACAUGUUUUAUAAGAUCCUUCAUGGCUUCAAAGACCAGGUUGGAGAGGAAAACUGGCAGCAGUUUUCUGAGCAGUUCCCUCCCAUUUUGAAAGAGCGCCUGUCUGCCUGCUAUGGAGUCUAACCCAAUUUUCUCCUUGGUCCAAACAGGACACGGGCUUGUUAGGUUACUGUAAAGGAGGCUUACUGGGAAGUCAUGGCACUGCUGAGAUCGUGGGGAGGAAUGAGAGCUGGAGGGAUGUGACUGACCCUCUAACCAGUGGAUGACCCACCUUUACCAUGUGUUUCUCUGAGGGAGGGUGGUGGGUGUGGGUGGGCAAACUGGGGAUAUACAUAUACCUCUUGGAUUAAACGCUUCACUAAAUCCAAACACACUCAAAAGUGACUUUCACCAACAUCACUGCAGGGAUCCUAGAUGGGUGAAGGCAAAAUAGGGUCUGGCUUUGACCUUUCCAGCCUCCGUUUGAUUAUAUUGUUGAGGUAGAUGACAGCUGGGAGGCAGUGGAAGAUAAGUACAUAAUAAGGAUUUAUCUGAGCCACCAUGGGGGUUCCACAGUCCUUAAUACCACAAUGCACAUAGUCGGUAGAAACUCACAGAUGUAACUGCUUUUUAACAGGACUGUGCCAGAGAUUAAACCAAAAAACAUGCUUUUACUAUGUAAUAAUGCAGGAAAUGUGCACAUUUUUGCCCCUCUUUUAUGGCAAAAUAGCAUAAACCAUUGAGGGGGUGCAUUGUUAAGGGUCUUAUUCUCUUUUCAGGUGUACAUUCAGCUGAUUUUACUUCCCCUCCUUGGUUGCUUUCUUUUGGAUUACAGAUUUCUCCCUCAUUUGAGGCUUAAAAGAUGCAAUAGGUUUGCCCUCCAAGGUUUUACCAGCUAAUUAUUAUUUUUUGCUUGACAUUUGUCCUAAGUGAUGCAAGUUUGAGUGAAUGCCAGUGUUUUUUCCUCUUUGUUGCACUGACACCAGAGAAGGGAAGAUGCUGUAACUGGGGCGUUCUUGUCAGUAGUUCUCUUGUCCACCUUUUUAUAUCGAUAAUUCAUGACCCCUAUAUGUAAAUGUAGGCUCUGCCAAGCCGCGUAAGGUGUGGCAACAUAGAAAUAAGGCCCAUGGUACAUGGUUUGAAAAGUUUGUUGUUGCAGCAUUAGUAAUAUUACUGUCUAUAAAGGUUGAAAAUCCUUAUUGCUGUUGCUGCUGCUAUGUCAUACUUAACAGACUUGAUAAGAGCGAUAAGACAUAUUUGAGAGUGAAAUACUGAUACAAAUGCACUUUUUCUUUUUGAUUUCCCAGUGUCGGGCGUAAUGAUAUGCUGAUUUUGAGAUAUAGUUCUUUGAUAAGUGAUUUUACAACUGUUAAUGACUUGCCAAUGCAAGUGUAAUGAUAAUAUUAAGCGAUGGUAAAAUGACCAGGUGAGACUUGAGCCAAAACGUAGGAAUGUGAUGUAGCGCCUUAUGAAAUGGAUUUAAUAGGAGUUCGGAGGGGGGGGGGUACAUCUUAUCUAUAGUACUUUGGAUUUAUUACUGCUUGAGGUUGUCCCUGUUUUUAUCAGAACUAUUCAUUGAGUAAUACCUGUUUGAGACAUCCAAAAGACAUCCAAGCUGUCAUUUACAUUGCAUGCUUUUUAGUGAGUCCUUCAUUUUUUCUUUUUUAGCCCAACUGUUCUCUUUGGAGGUAGUAACCUUAUGCAGGUUUGCCAAUGGCAACACAGUCUGCUGCUACAAAAAAGAAGGUAGUUCAACUUAUAAGUCUUAAUACAUCUCCCCUGAUGGCAGUGAGCUCAUGUGAGAGAAUGAUGGUCUUCAUCCAGCUUUAUUUUUUAGUCAUUGUCCACAGUGGACACGUCGUGAAAGUGUGUAUGGCUGUUGGCCUCUUGGUGUUUUACUAAAAAGUCAAUGUUGACCUGCCACCUAAUGGCAAUCUUGCACAUGCAGGAUGAAGUCUAAAGGACUUGAAAGUUAGGAAAAUAUCAAGUCUAUAUUAAUCUAUCCUCUCUUUUUAAAAAAAAAAAACAAACAAAAAACAACCCAAAACAAAACUUGGCUCACAUCUGUUAGAUAUGUAUAGAUUCAGCAUCAAUGUAGAUUUUCCCAGAAACCGAAUAUGAAGCACCAUUGGCAGAAUUUGUAUUCCUGACCUUUUAUAGUAUUUUUUUUAAUUUUUUUUUAUUAAAGCUGCAAUGUCCCACAGGCUGAAUAUGUACGGCAUCUUCAGGUUUAACUGGACGUUGAGAGUUGCAAUGCCAUAAGUCGGAUUGAUUGAAGCAUUAAUUUCAAGAAUGCUUCAGGGGAAUGAUGUUCCUGUGUCACGAAGUAUUGAUUUAAAAAGAAAAAAAAGUUUUUGCCACUCUUCACCAUGUUAAACACUAGGCUGUUAACGGAAGUCAAUUAAAAUGUGCGUUGUCCACAAUGACUUUUUAAUUUUUUUUAUUAUUAUUUCCAUGCACAUGGUCAAGUUUCGUUUAUUUAUUUUGUUUUUUUUAUUAUGUGCUUCAGUGCACAAAUUGUUUUGGACUUUAAAAGUUUUUUUUUUGUUUUGUUCUUUUUAUUUAAAGAAUUUUGUUUUCGUUGUUUUAUAGCGGACCAUUUGAUUAUAUCAAAUUUGAUGUGGUUGGACUGAAGGGAGGUUGGUGGUUGCAUACUUAGGGGAAGAAUGUGGAAAACAAUUUACUUGUUUCAAUCUCUUAACAAGGCUGGCUAUUGAUUUUGAUGUAGUACCUUUUUUUGCUGAACUGUGGUGCCAGUCAAACAUCCCUAUAUUUAAUUUUUGUGAAUAGGGCAAAAAUAAACAUUUUCUAUUA